CCCUCCCUCCGCCUCUUUUGUUUCAAUAUUUAAUUGCAUUUCUUUCGGAAUUACUAGGCAACCCACCCCCAGAUGUGCAGUUUAAAGGUGAUGUGCUUGCAGUGAGAUUUUCAGGAUCUACUCAGCAGAGCACCAUCAUGUGAUACCGGGGUAAGGUGGAGUUCGGCUUUAAGGGGGAGUCUCUAGCCUUCCUCACCAAUCUUUAGGAUCUCAGCUGGAGAAAUACCAGAGAAUGCUUCCCCUUUCCCUACUCCUCCUUCUCCAUCCAGCCUCCUGAGGCAGCCUCUGAGCAGACCAGAAACGGGCAGAGCAGUUGCAAGGUGGCGCGAGGGAUAUGUGGCGCUGAGGAGCGGGCUCGUCCCGGGCUCCGCUGCGGGACCGAUGGGCGCGUCCUGAACUCGGAGCGGUCUGGAUGAGAGCGGCGGCGGCGAAGAGCGGCGUCGAGUUGGAAACAACAUGAAUACCUCGGUCCUCACCCCACUGGCAAAUAUUUCCGGUCACCUGAAUUUUUCGGAGACGAACUCGCAGAUCUUGCAGUUUGAGGACGAGGAUUGCCGUGUGCCUUUGGCCAUGGUCUUCACUCUGGCCUUGGCUUAUGGGACUGUGAUAAUUCUGGGAGUCUCUGGGAAUCUGGCUUUGAUUGUCAUUAUUUUAAAACAAAAGGAGAUGCGCAAUGUUACCAACAUCCUCAUUGUCAAUCUAUCCUUUUCUGACCUCCUGGUGACCAUCAUGUGUCUUCCCUUUACCUUUGUGUAUACUUUAAUGGACCACUGGAUUUUUGGGGAGGCCAUGUGCAAACUGAACCCUUUUGUGCAGUGUGCCUCCAUCACCGUCUCAGUCUUUUCCUUAGUCCUCAUUGCUAUUGAGCGCCAUCAGCUGAUCAUCAAUCCCCGUGGCUGGAGGCCGAACAACAGACAUGCUUACAUGGGGAUUGCUGCCAUAUGGAUUUUAGCCACAGCUUCCUCCUUGCCUUUCCUGGUCUACCACGUGUUAACAGAUGAGCCCUUCAGAAAUGUAACAUUUGAUGAAUAUAAAGACAAAUAUGUGUGCUUGGACCUGUUCCCCUUGGACACUGCCAGGCUUUCUUAUACUACAACACUUUUGGUGAUUCAGUACUUUGGACCACUCUGUUUUAUAUUUAUUUGCUACUUGAAGAUAUACAUACGGUUGAAAAAAAGGAACAACAUGAUGGACAAGAUGAGAGACAGUAAGUACAGAUCCUCUGAAACCAAAAGGAUCAACAUCAUGCUGAUCUCAAUAGUGGUCGCAUUUGCAGUUUGCUGGCUGCCUCUCACCAUCUUCAAUAUCGUGUUUGAUUGGAAUCAUGAAAUUCUGCCUGUUGCUACCUGCAGCCACAACCUGUUGUUCCUGAUUUGCCACCUCACUGCCAUGAUUUCUACCUGUGUGAAUCCCAUCUUCUACGGGUUUCUCAAUAAGAACUUCCAAAGGGACCUGCAGUUUUUAUUUCAUUUUUGUCAUUUCCACUCCCGUGAGGAGGAUUAUGAGACUAUAGCCAUGUCCACCAUGCACACAGAUGUUUCAAAAACCUCUUUGAAGCAGGCAAGCCCAGUCACAUUUAAAAAAAUAAAUAGUGAUGCUGAUGAAAAAAUAUAAAGGAGUAAUAAAAAUUCCACACCAAACUGCUUGAAGUAUGAUUGCAGGUGAAAUGUGUCCAAGGACAAGUGAAAUUACAUAACAAGUACAAAAAGAGUAAUGUUUUUCUUCCUUUUCCAAGGAACUUUGAUUGUUGUCACUUUGAAAUUAUAUGCUGUGCAUUUUUGCCCCUUUUACUGCUUUAAUGUUCACAGAAGUUGUAUCUGAAUUUUAUUAUAAGACGUAGUUAGACCUGUUACUACCUAUGGUUUUCAUCUGCUGUCUUUUGUUCUGUUUUCUUUGUAUAGCUCUGUGCUUUACCAGAAAGGUUUAUUUAUUGAUUAUAUUUUUUCAAAGAAGUAGUUUUCAGGAGUGUCUAUCUAAGACCAUUAGAAACAAUAUGAACCACAGAGACACUGUCACUACAGAGGACACCCACCAAAGAAUAAAAUUAGGAAAUUCUGAUUUGAAGAGUAGUUCCUUUCUUUUUUAAUUCAGCUUUUGAUUGAUGUUAAAAUCCUCUAAAAUCAGUGUAGGCAUGCAAAAAAAGGAUUCUGUGAGACCUGUAGAAUAUGUUUAAAUGGGGACAUACAGUUUUCUAAUUCACAGUGGCAAUUCAGGCUAUAAUCACUUAGUUUCAAAGAAAGGAUUAAGAAAGAAAUUCUGUUCUUAUUUACAAGAAUAAAACCCUAUAGUAAUGCCACAGUGCACAAUGGGAUAACUCUGAUGCUUCACCACAGCAAAUGAAAACAUAAAUGGGCCUUCAGUCCCAACUGAUUAUAGCUGGUUUUAAUAACACAGGCUUUUUAAUUUAAAAACCCUAAACCCCAUUUUCGUCUGCCAUCACUGACAGGAGUAAGUGUUGCUGGGAUGAAAUACACCAUCUGUCCUUGGCCUAUGAACCAUGUAAAUUUUCCUUGGGACCUAUGUCCAGAAUCUAAAGGGAGAUGGGAUUGUUCACUGUAUGGAAAAGGUGCAAUACCAUCCUUGCAGGUGACAGUGAAAAUUAGGUCUGAUAUUAAAAAAAAUAAGCUUUAGCUGACUGAGUCUUUUCAUAGUAAUUACUGUUGACCUAUAUAAAUUAUGUAUAGCCUCAAAAUAUUCUGUGUUCAGAUGCAAUGGCAUAAACCUGGAUAAUCUCAGUCUUAAGCUCUGCCAGGGGAGGUUUAAGUUGGAUAUUAGGAAGAAAUUUUUUACAGAGAGGGUGAUCAGACAUUGGA